AUGUUUGUGUGGGAGGUCUUGAGGUCUCCACUGCUUGGCCACACGGCGUUCAUCUUGCCAGAUGAGGCAACCUUGGAUCCUCAUAUUUUCGUGAAGUUCCUGGAGAAGCACCAAUGCAGCCGUACCUUGACGACACCUUCACUUUUGGCCACCAUCAUGGAUUCUUGCCACAAGGAGUUGUCCAAACUUCAUCACAUGUGCGCUUGGUUGAUGUGUGGUGAGGUCCUGCCAAUGCAAGUAGUUCGCAGCUUCAGGUCAAUACUUCCAAGGUGCAGGCUCAUCAAUGAUUAUUCCACCUGGGAAAGCGGAGACAUUGGUUAUGCCCAGGUGGCUCCCGCAGGGCGCUACGAGCCCAGUCAGGUAUUCGCCGCGGCCUGCCAAGAGAUUGCAGUGGGCAUCACUGCUUGCAUUGUUGAUCCAGACACAAAGAAGCUGGUUCCACAAGGGCUUGUUGGUGAGCUCUAUGUUGGAGGGCCUGUUCUGUCCUACGGCUACUACGGGCACAGCGACAUCACUGCUGCCAAAUUCUCCGAUGGCGUGAAUUCAGAAAUGGUGCUGGUCCUGAGUUCAAUCUUCACUCGAUUCCGAUAG